CUUCGAGCAAACGCGGACGUCGGACGCCAUGGAUACUCUACAACACCUGAAGGAGAUUAGUGGGAACAGCGUUUACAACCUUUUCAAAGCCGACGAGGAGGAUGGGAGCGACAUCGAACCAGACAAGGUCGUUCAGGGCGACAAUAAGGCAGGCGAAGCGGGCGCGGGAGGUGGUGACACGACCGGGAACGACGGAGAGCGUGGAGUAGCGGCUGGAGGGGAGCGAACACUUACGCUUGACAAAAAAGCGCGUCGGAAGUCGAUGGCAGCGUUACCAACCGCAACUUCGGCAUCAGGAGCCUCCUCGCAAGCAAGUGGAAACAAGAAGAGUGGUUUUCGCCGAGGCUCGGUUGAUGUGCCAGCGCCGCAUCCUUCCUCAAGUUCUACGCGUGGAAAAGAGACCGCGAGUGCAGCAGAAGCAGCAGCGGCGCCUGCCUUUGGGGAUGCCACAGUCCGCGGCGCCACAGUAGAAUCUUCGGGCCAAAAGUUGAAAUCACCGUUGGGAAUGCAACCGACGGUACCGCCACCUGACAAAAAGAUGAUCAGCGGUCCUCGACGCGGAAGUCGAUUACUGGAUGCGCAGCCGGUGAAUCCCUACGCAGAUGUCAGUGCAGGCUUCUCGAAGUCAGUCAUAGAAGUCGACAUGUCAGCAGCAGCGCAGCCCAGCACCAGUGGACAGAGCGCAGCGGCAGGGACGACUCCGCCGGGUCUCUUCGGGCAAUCCGUGAACGGUUUCGCAGACGGUUUUAGCGGUGGUUUUUUCCCACAAGCAUCUCAGCAAGGUAUAAUUCCACCCUUCGGUGCGCCGCCGGGAUUCUUGGGUGCACCUUUUGGGCGAGCUCCUCCGAGCUUUUUCUCACCGCACAACAUGGCAGGUGGUGUCCCAGGUUUUGGACAUCCGUUUCCAGGUUCCCCUGCUGUUAACGACCCAUUGACACGGCCAACGCAGCAAUUUAGUCCGGAGUUUGGUGCUCCCGACCUCUUUAGUGGCGAUGGCUCACCGCGGUCCCCGCCUUUUUCACCUAGUAGCGCUUCUGAGGAGACGCGAGCAGCUGCGCCGGUCUACUGUUCACCACUUGGUGGGGCAGGCAAUGGCACGACCCACCCAGCACAGGCGGAUAGCAAUGCUAUGGCGAACGGCGCGUUCCCACCAGGCGUGGCGUCAAGCAUAUUAGGCCACGCCGGCACGUUUCCGGUACCAGCAGCGAUACCUCCGAACUUGAUGGCCGCGUUUGCGGCAGGCGCAAUGCCUUCACUGACGCAUGUGCCAGCAUCACAGAUACCGGAGUCAGGAAAUUGGACAACCACGUCGCCGAAGGGCCGCCCCAACAGCGGUUUCGAUUUUUUUGCACUAGGCGAGAAAAACGUCCAGAAGCAAGGCCUGGAACAUAACAGCUCUCCCAGUUCUGGGACAACAAUUGAUAGAACGAUCGCUGGUAGUACUCGCGCAUCGGAGAAGGUGGCGGAACAGGACUACAAUUCUUGCGAAAGAGGAAAUCACGAAUCUGAAGCUUCGGGUCGUCGCAACCAAGAGAGGAACUUGGGUGCGACGACAUUGCUGCAAUUAUCCGAGGAACAAGUUGGAGAAAGCGCAGCUUCGGAUGACAAGAAACGCGCCGGCGGAAGCACUGCAAGCAGUCAGCGCGGUGCGGCGAAGAAGCAUUUUACGCCUCGGGUGCUGCCGAAGGGACGUGCGCUUCCACCUGAGGCCAUGCUCGCGCGUAGCGUUGUCAGACCACCUGGUGUUGGCCCGAAGCAGGAUAUGAAAGACGAAACACCGAAUUCCGCAGCUGGAGGCACGAUGACCAGUACAACAUUAAAUACUGCUGCAGCGGUUGGUGGCACAUCUACUCAACAUCAGCAUGCUGUAACUGGUAGUAGUGGGAGUGCAAUAAGAGCAGCAGGAGUUCUUGGAGACGAGAGUUCCGCGUGCAGUAGUGCAUCUUCAUCUCAACAAGGCAAGCGUGCCAGUAAGAAGUCGCUAGUGGACGGAUCUUCUUCGGGUGCGUCAUCGCGAGAAGGCCAGAAAUCCAAAUCUUCAGCUCGUAGUUGCGCUCGAGGAGGUGAAGAGGCAGUAAAGAAAGCAACAUCUGUUGAGCGGAGGAAGUCACGUGGCGAUGCACGAGCGGGCUCGAAAGAUGGCACCACAUCGAGAGUGAGUUAUUCCUCCUCCAAAGCUGUAAGUAAAAAUGGCGACGGGUCUAAGCCGUCUUCCUCUGCCUCGCAGGGAAGCGACGCGUCGUCUAAAACCCGACGAAGCAGGAGAGAAUCCGUUCCACUACAGUCGACCACAACUCUUCCACCCACAACCUUCGAGUUGCCACUUAGCGGGCCUCAAACUCUUUCGCCUGCUAACAAUUCUAUCUCAGGCCAAAUCGCAGGGAGAGGUGGAAAUAGCGUGGGCCAGCCAGAACAGACAGCCUCUACUGUCACAGCACCUCAUAGUGGCAAUAAUGCCACCUCAAAUUAUGGUCAGGAUGCUGCUGGGCUAGGGGGACUGUCAUCUUCUCCAAACGUCAUCAACAAGGGAUCGAAGUCACGAACCGACUUGCAACAUAACGCCAUGCUCACAAGUGUAACGGACAAGUCAUCAAGGAACAAAAACAAUUUUUACAUGCAACCACAGGUUCCAGCACCUCCGGCGCCGCCUGCUGGCUGGCAUGCAGUAGGCGCAGGACCUCCUGCUGCGACAGUGUCUGUUAGUUGUACAAUCCCUCCUAAGGUAUCUUUAAGACUGCUGCUAAUCCAUUACAAGGGGGAUCCCUCUUCCUUAAGUGCGAGGGAUAUUUGUGAGGGACCCCCACAGGGAUGAACUACGGGUAGGUCUAAUAUCUUCAACGAACAUUUGGCCUGCGGUUUCAGCAUCCUCGUCUGGUGGUCUCUCAACGACGAUUGUGGAGUUGUCGACGGAGAAGCAGAAAGAGUUGCUUGGUGGCGCACCGACCAAAAAAGUAGACUUUAGCAGUCGCAGUCCCAAGGUCGCUUCGCCAAGGGUAGGGCAUAAGUCGAGCUCUGCUCUUGGGGAAACAGAACAAAGUAGGACCCACGAUACCAUUACCAAUCAACAUACGGCUUCUAGAAGUUCUAGAAAUCACGGAAACACAGGACAUGGACUGGCAUCGAAUAAUUUGGAUGAAGAAGUACGGUUGCUGCAAAAUUUAGGCCGUGGCAGCCCAAAAAGGACAGAACAGAAGAUGCUACCGCAGAUGAAAGUCAUAGAAGGUGAAACGGUGCUGCCAUCAAGGCUGCUUACGAGGAAACGGACUGUAGAUGCAAAGUCCACCAAACAGUAAAGCUACUUUUUUGUUACAGAUCUCUUAAAAGGCUGUUUCAAUCGCAAAUUAUUUCAAAUAUCGACGAUUACAAGGCCUGGCUUGAGGUAAAGUAACUCGAGUAACAAAAAAAUAAUCCACGUAAGAUAUAUAAGCCAGUACAUGUUUGAGCACGAAAUUUAAAUGGAUCUAGACCACUAGCGUUCCUUCCGCUGAAGAGCGCUCGGCCGGGCUCGUCGCCUCUUGAAAAGAUAGCUCGUGAAAGCUCGCUUCCUCGUGUAAGACCUAAACUCAUCAUGUACUCAUCACUUGCAUAAACUCGUCUUUUUUCCAUUGUGAAAUAUGAAUGGAAAGUUGUGUUUCAGUUUCUAUACUUUGCAAAAUGGGCAAGGAGCCGAGUACGUAGCGCAGUAGGUAAAUGAAAAUGUUGGUUGCAAAAAACGUGUGUAAGAUUAACUUCUUCGUAAGGUUCUUUGCAUAAAAGGACACCAACAAAAAGGCUAGUAGCUAUUAUCAUUCAGGUGGUGUGUAGGUAGAAAAAGUUGGAUGGCACUGCUACAACAUUGAUAUAGGGUACGUUUCGUAUUAAAUACUUCUUUCGUUCCUUAAUUGCCAAGAACACUUGGCUGCUCAGACUUGCACACGAAGGUCACGGAUUUCCCUAAUAUCUAUCUCUAACGGCGUCAACGAUUCUCGAACCUGACGUUCAGUUUUUUUUGUUGAAUAGAUUGAGGCAUACUCGUCGAGGCACCACGAUUCUGGCGACGCGGCUCUGGGAUGCUGCAGAUCCUUUGAAAGACAAGCGCCGGACGAUGGAUGUUGCUAGAGUUUGUACUUGAAGUCCUCUUGAGUCCUUUUUCUGGGGGGGAAUGAUUUAAUGUCGGAAUUUCUUCAGAUGGC